UCACAUCACCACUGCCUUCUCUGUCCCUCCCUCUCUCUCUCUCUCUCUCUCUCUCUCUCUAUCCUUGAAAAAGAUUCCUCUCUCUCUCUCUCUCUCUCUCUUUCUCAGCUGGUCCUCCCGUCACUCUCAAUCACGCGGCGUCUCGACGGCUUCGAGCUCGUUCUCUGCAGCGAUGGUGAUAGGAUAGUUAGUCCGCUCCCAUUGGCACGACAGACUUACGGAGAGAUAUCUCGCAGACCGUCUCCAGAUGAUUAUGGAAGCAGAGAUACUUGGAUAGAAAGAAGCCUGCUUUAGCUUCUGCCUUGGGGGGAAAAUCCUCUUAUGGCCAUACGGUAGAGGUUCUAUUUUCAUGUAACUGGGACUGGGAUGCUUGUUUCAGUAAUCUCCUGGCUUUGAUGUCGUAAGGAGGGAAAAAAAUGAUGACAUAUGAGCAAGAUCCAGAUGUUGUUCAGUGGGGUCUCCGGUUCUUCGAAAGCGACCCCUAUUCAGAUUGCGGAUAUUGUGAAACUGAGACGCAAGAAGAUGCGGGCUGUUACCAAGGGCACUAUGUUGAGGAAGAUCAUUAUGGCAUCCAAUGCAACAACAUCGAUAGUGAUGAGCUUCUAGCGCAUGCUCUCCAAGAGGAAUUAUCACAGCUUGCAGUCACCGAAACACCUGGGUCUCCAAGUGCGGUGUCAGAAGAAUUACAACCAUCUUUCUUUUCACAUGAUUGGCAUGGCCACUCCAUUGGAAGCUAUGGGUCCGGGCAGGAGGAAUCAGAAGAUGUCACGCAUUCAAGUUCUUGCUCCAGUCCUGAAGAAAAAGUGUACAGUGGGGAGGAUUGGCCAUAUUCCUUGGAGCUGGCAGAUGAGUAUGCUUAUGAUGGUGAAGUGGGCAAAAGGUUGAAUCAGAUGGUUCCAGUUCCACAUGUUCCCAGGAUCAAUGGUGAGAUUCCCUCAGUGGACGAAGCAACUUUAGAUCAUCAAAGGCUACUAGGGAGACUGCAGCUUUAUGGUUUGGUCGAGCAUAAAGUUCAAGGAGAUGGGAAUUGUCAGUUUCGUGCUCUUUCUGACCAGAUAUAUCGCAUACCAGAGCACCAUGAAUUUGUGAGACAGCAAAUUGUGAAUCAGCUAAAGUCCCAUCCAGAGAUAUACGAGGGAUAUGUUCCCAUGGCCUAUGAUGAGUAUUUGGAGAAGAUGUCCAUGAAUGGCGAAUGGGGUGAUCAUGUGACUUUACAAGCUGCUGCAGAUUUGUACGGGGUGAAAAUAUUUGUCAUAACAUCUUUCAAGGACACAUGCUACAUUGAAAUUCUCCCAAGUGAUCAGAGGUCUAAACGAGUUAUCUUUUUGAGCUUCUGGGCAGAGGUUCACUACAACUCAAUCUACCGGGAAGGAGACGAUCCUGCAUUCAAGACCAAGAAGAAGAAAAAGUGGCGGAAACAAGCAUAUGGAUACGAUUGACGACUACUGAUAGUUGGACGGUGUGGACAAGAUCCCCACUGCAGUACAGUCGCAGCAGAAGCUUCAUGGUCUGCAUCUAUGCUCCCGCAUCAUCAGACUCUUUCUUAGAUUUCCUGCAGACCAGAGCAGCCGCUCUCGUUUGGUUCGAUUCUUCAAUAAACCUGAGUUCUCAUCUGCUAGAAUUCUUGUGUUGGUCUUGGUAGAUUCAAAUCUUAUCUUUGUGUUUGAUCUGAAUUGUUGCACCUCUCUUUGCACUUGCCGGAGCUUGUUCAUGCAAAUUUUUGGCAAUUGCAAGAACGAGUUUGGGCUUCCAAGUUACUGAUCAAUAAAUCGCUCCGAUCUUCAAUUAUUCUUCUUCA